ACUUCCAUCUCCGGUUUGUUUUUCUUAAUUACUACUCUAUUUGGUUCUCUGACAUUACGGUUUCAUACAUUUGUCGAAAGUUACCAUUCCAUCAUGGCUACCGCCGAGGAUAAACACGUCCCGUAUCUUCACGGUGAUCUUGUCCUUACGAUCAUCGAGGUUCGAAGGGUUCUGAAUUGGGCCACCGGGAAGGGCGAUGGAAUCGAGGAGCUUAAUAACCUCGACCCCCGUAAGGCUAUCUUCGGCGACUCUUAUGUUACAGUGUUAGUGCCGCAAGCCACUUUGGGGCGCACUCGUAUCAUUGAGAAGAACUCUCAGAAUCUAUUCUGGAACGACCAGUUUUUUAUUCCCUUGGCUCACCCUGCAACUGAACUCGAGUUUCAAGUUAUAGUCAAGAGUUUCUUUGGGCCCAAGGUUAUUGGGAAGGCAAAAAUUCCAGCGGAAAAAAUGGCCAACGGCAAGGAUAUCUCGGGAUGGUUCCGAAUCGUCCGAUCCAGCUGUAUUAAGACACACAAAGCCUUGCGACUGAAGAUGAAAUUUACGCCGUGUGAAACAAAUCCAAUAUACCGCUAUGGCAUUGCCGGUGAUCCUAAGCUGGAAGGAGUUCGAAACACGUAUUUUCCGUUACGAAAGGGAAAUCAAGUGACGCUGUACCAGGACGCUCACGUGAGGAAGGAGUCCUUGCCUCACGUUACGCUUGAGGGAGAUCAGGUUUAUAAGCCAGGCACGUGCUGGGAGGACAUUUGCGAAGCCAUUUUAGAUGCUCGUCAUCUGAUCUACAUUAUGGGGUGGUCUGUGUUUGUGAAGAUUAAGCUCGUUAGAGAGCCCACUCGGCCGUUGCCGAGUGGUGGUGAUUUGACACUCGGUAAGUUGCUGAAGUAUAAAUCGCAGGAAGGUGUCAGAGUUGUGUUGUUGAUUUGGGAGGAUAAGACAUCCCGUGACGAGUUCGGAGUCAAAACGGUAGGAUUGAUGGCAACUCACGAUAAAGAAACGAAGAGGUUUUUCAAGGAUUCAUCUGUGAAUUGUGUGCUAGCACCACGUUAUGCUAGUAGGGAGUGUAGCUUUUUCAAACAACAGACUGUUAGUACCAUCUUUACACACCAUCAGAAAUGUGUUAUUGUUGACACGCAAGCAUCCGGUAAUAAUCGGAAGAUAACAUCAUUUAUAGGAGGUAUUGAUCUCUGGUAUGUAGAUGCAGACUUUGCAGGUGAUAGAGACUCUAGGAAGUCCACAACUGCCUAUUACUUCAUACUGGGAGGCAACUGUGUUAGUUGGAAAGCUCAGUUGCAACCUCUGGUUGCAUUAUCCACUACUGAAGCUGCGUAUGUAGCAGUUUCAGAUGCAUUCAAGGAAGCAACAUGGUUGCAAGGGAUCUUAAAGAAGCUGAUCUGUUAA